GCGAUUCGAGCAGCCGGCAGCGUCCUCCGCUGUGUCAGCCCCUCGGGAGGCCCGGCUCCCUGUGCAGUAGUGGCCCCCCACACACCUGGGCUCACACACCGUGGCGGUUGCGUUGGGGUCCUAGGGAGGCCACGCAGCACGCGAGCGGCGGGAGCUUUGAUCGGGGCCUCUGGCCCGACUCGGAGGUGGGAGAAUGUGACUCUCAAUUCUAAGGCAGUUUUCCCAUCUGGAAAGAACUACUCCGUGCUCUGGCCUGUGUCUACGAGGUGGCCAUUAGGCGUGUCUUUGCCAGAAGCCUUGGCCUGACCUCAUUUCACACCCAAGGAGAACGCGAAGGCGAGAAAGCUCAACUGCAUAAAUUUUCCAUUUGCGGAGCUCUGGAAGGGCCUCCUCAUUAGCAUGUGGGUGUAAUGAAAGGAGACAGUUCCCGACGUGUCACUUGCCCGAACCCCAGGCACCUCUGACGCUCUGGCACCUAACGCCGAGAUUAGCAUAAAGGAGGCGCCCAGGGAACGUUUGAAUGAAUGAAAAGAGCUGGGAACCCAGAGUGAGCGGGAAGCCUCUUGGAAAACACCCAUUUGAGGAGGUGUUUCAUCUAGGCCUGUGAAACGCGGCCGAUUUUCCCAGGACCCCUCCUCCCUUCCCCUCGGCCCCGCCUCCUGACCCCUCCAUUCCCUGUCCCCGUAGUAAUCCCCUCCGGUUUUCCUCAGUCUCCACGUACGUCUCUCAAGGCGCGUCCCAAAACCCGGAUAACCGGAGCACUCCGCAUGGACCAAACGGAGGGCUCGCCCGCGGUGGAGCCGCCUGCGCAUGCUCCAUCGCUUGGGAAAUUUGGUGAGCGGCCUCCACCUAAACGACUUACUAGGGAAGCUAUGCGAAAUUAUUUAAAAGAGCGAGGGGAUCAAACAGUACUUAUUCUUCAUGCAAAAGUUGCACAGAAGUCAUAUGGAAAUGAAAAAAGGUUUUUUUGCCCUCCUCCUUGUGUAUAUCUUAUGGGCAGUGGAUGGAAGAAAAAAAAAGAACAAAUGGAACGUGAUGGUUGUUCUGAACAAGAGUCUCAACCGUGUGCAUUUAUUGGGAUAGGAAAUAGUGACCAAGAAAUGCAGCAGCUAAACUUGGAAGGAAAGAACUAUUGCACAGCCAAAACAUUGUACAUAUCUGAUUCAGACAAGCGAAAGCACUUCAUGUUGUCUGUAAAGAUGUUCUAUGGCAAUAGUGAUGACAUUGGUGUGUUCCUCAGCAAGCGGAUAAAAGUCAUCUCCAAACCUUCCAAAAAGAAGCAGUCAUUGAAAAAUGCUGACUUAUGCAUUGCCUCAGGAACAAAGGUGGCUCUGUUUAAUCGACUACGAUCCCAGACAGUUAGUACCAGAUACUUGCAUGUAGAAGGAGGUAAUUUUCAUGCCAGUUCACAGCAGUGGGGAGCAUUUUACAUUCAUCUCUUGGAUGACGAUGAAUCAGAAGGAGAAGAAUUCACAGUCCGAGAUGGCUAUAUCCACUAUGGACAAACAGUCAAACUUGUGUGCUCAGUUACUGGCAUGGCACUCCCAAGAUUGAUCAUUAGGAAAGUUGAUAAGCAGACCGCAUUAUUGGAUGCAGAUGAUCCUGUGUCACAACUCCAUAAAUGUGCAUUUUACCUUAAGGAUACAGAAAGAAUGUACUUGUGCCUUUCUCAAGAAAGAAUAAUUCAAUUUCAGGCCACUCCAUGCCCAAAAGAACCAAAUAAAGAGAUGAUAAAUGAUGGCGCUUCCUGGACAAUCAUUAGCACAGAUAAGGCAGAGUAUACAUUUUACGAGGGAAUGGGCCCUGUCCUUGCCCCAGUCACGCCUGUGCCUGUUGUAGAGAGCCUUCAGUUGAAUGGCGGUGGGGACGUAGCAAUGCUUGAACUUACAGGACAGAAUUUCACUCCAAAUUUACGAGUGUGGUUUGGGGAUGUAGAAGCUGAAACUAUGUACAGGUGUGGGGAAAGUAUGCUCUGUGUCGUCCCAGACAUUUCUGCAUUCCGAGAAGGUUGGAGAUGGGUCAGGCAACCAGUCCAGGUUCCAGUAACUUUGGUCCGAAAUGAUGGAAUCAUUUAUUCCACCAGCCUUACCUUUACCUACACACCAGAACCAGGGCCACGGCCACACUGCAGCGCAGCAGGAGCAAUCCUUCGAGCCAGUUCAAGCCAGGUGCCCCCUAAUGAAUCAAACACAAACAGCGAGGGAAGUUACACAAACGCCAGCACAAAUUCAACCAGUGUCACAUCAUCCACAGCAACAGUGGUAUCCUAACUACCGUCUUUUUGCUAGGACUUAAACUGACUUGAGUGUGGCAAACAGUUGACAAAAAAGGAGAAAAAAAUGAACAGUCUUUUGUGGUUUCUUGAGAAAACUUUUCGUACCAAGUGAUACUAUUCAAAACCCCAUUAUCUGUCUACAAGUGCUGAUUUGAAAUGCAGAAGCCACAGUAAAA